AUGGAAGAGGCACUGGAGAACCCCAGCCGCCGCGCAGACAUGCCGCUGCUGGUGCUUCUGGCGCUCCUCUUCGCUGUCACUGCGGCCUUCGGUCUGUGCGCCUCCGCUGUGCUCCGGAGGAAGUGCGGCCCCCGAGAGGACCCCGCGGAGGAGGAGCCUUCACCGCUCGCGACGGCGCCGGCGCCGCCCCGCUGGGGGGCAGUGAAGGAGGCGCUGAUGAGCUCGUUGCGGUGGAGCCGGUCGAGGAAGCUCGGGGAGUCGGAGCCCUGUGGCGGGCAGGGGGUGCUCCCACUGCUGGGAGCCCCUCUCCGCCGCAGCGGCGGGGCCGGCGCCGGCUCCUUGGACUCCCCGGCUGCGGCGGCGGCCGGGGGGGUAGUUUCGUCGUCCCCUCUGUGGCAAAGGAGGAUCCUCAUGGGAGAACGCUGCGAGCUGCCGAGGUUCAGCGGGCUCAUCCUCUACGACGAGAGGGGCUUCCCCCUCCGGAUCUCCGCUGACCCUCGCCAUUGCACUCCACGGGUAAAACCUUGUCCUCUCCCCAUUCAUUGCCCUUUUCUUGUCAUCGAAAUAUUUUUGGCCCUCAUUUCUGAAUUUUUUUUUUAAAAAUCUAAAUUCGCUAUGUUUUUUUUCUCUUUUUGGUAGUUUUACACUAAAUUUCCUUUGUUCAAUCCUCAUCUUCACGACUGGUGCGAUCUCUGCUGAUGUGUCGUAAGCAGUGGACAGGAUCAAUCCACGUGGCAGCAUAUUGAGAAACCACGUAGUAAAGAAGAAGGUUGCGGAGCCAAAAACUGGCGAUUAUAGGGCCUCAAACAUAAAUUUCAGAAAAAUGAUGAGUUUUUCCUCAGUUCCUGGUAUUUCUGGUGGUCGUGAACUAAAAUUCCCUUCUUUACCUCACCUUCACGGCUAAUGCGAUCUCUCGGUUGCCACGUGGCAAACCCUGAGAAGCCCUCGAUGGAAAAAAUGCUGCCUACGGGGAGUGAAAGAAUGGGCCAAAGUGCAUAGGCCCCCGGGCCCGGCCCAUCAACAACAAAUCCUCGACCCCCCCUCCUAAACUCGAUUUUCGGGUCUAAGAAAAUACCACCAUGUUGUUAUUUUCUUAUUAUUAUAUAUCAUUAUAUUUUUAAUUAAGUUUAAUUAUGGAAAAUACUCCACGCCGGGCAAAUCAAAUUUAUAUAAAAAAUGGCAAUUUUAUUUUUUUUCUCUGCUGAAUCCCGUGCUUUCUUUCGCAGGCCGAACAACCGAAAGUGGUGACCACUACUGCAACUACUACCACAAGCACUACGACUCUCAGGGACCUCCUCUAG